ACUGGGGGUUGGCAAUAUCUCCGGAAGACAGAUUGGAUACAUUCAUGGACUAACCAAACAUCAUUUUUUCCAUGCUUGUUAAAAGCUCACCAAUGAAACGUGUGUAAAUGGUCGACUAAGCAUAUUGGCUUCAGACUGUCUUCUCAUUGAAAGCUGAUUUAUUACAGGAGAGCUCAAUGAGGAAACAGCGCAAGAAAUAAUCAAAGUCCCUGGUGGCACGAGCAACAGCUCUUAUUUACCGUAGAUUACAACCUAGCAAAGGUGACAAGAAACGGUAAUACUCACCUGAAGCGUGGACACAGCACGUCUAUGAGAGGUGAAUCAUGAGAUUAACAGGCCCCCUGAGAGUUGUGGCUGUGCUGCUGUUGGUCGGGCUCACCUGGCUGCUGGCAAACACCUUAUUUGGAGGGGAGAGUGGUUCAUCUGUGCGGCAUUUCUUCAGCGGUAAGAGAGGUGCAAGUGAGGAACCAACGCCUGCUGAACCCCGCCCUCGAAGGUAUAAAUGUGGACUUUCUGCUCCCUGUCCCCCAAAACAUUUGGCUUUCCGCCUGGUGUCUGGUGCUGCCAAUGUCAUCGGGCCCAAAAUCUGCCUGGAGGACAAGAUGUUACUGAGCAGUGUGAAAAACAACGUUGGCCGAGGACUAAACAUAGCUUUAGUCAAUGGGGUGACAGGAGAGCUCUUGACCACAAAGACCUUUGAUAUGUGGGCAGGAGAUAUUUCUGACCUGUUGAAGUUUCUGCGGCCGCUCCAUGAAGGAACACUCGUGUUCGUGGCUUCCUUUGAUGAUGCAGCUACAAAGUUGAAUGACGAGUCUCGACGACUGUUUGAGGAGCUUGGGAGCACGGCAAUAAAGGAGCUGGCCUUUAGAGACAGCUGGGUGUUUGUUGGAGCCAAGGGCAUCGAGAAUAAGAGUCCCUUUGAGCAGCGUAUGAAGAACAGUAAGAGCAGCAACAAGUAUGAAGGUUGGCCCGAGUCUCUGGAGAUGGAUGGCUGUAUUCCUCUGCGGCCACCCCUGUAAGGAUAAUUCUGCCUGAUACUCUCUCACGUACAGUACAGCAACACUCGGAGUGUCAGCAGUGGAUCCAAAUGACAAAGAGAAAGCCAGGGAAGUGCCGAAUGACAAAAAAACAUUUUAUUUUCCCUCUUGUGGAAGAGGCAUGAGCUGAAUGCAAAGAUUGUCUUGGGACUUGAUAUAUUGAAUAUUGCUGGAACCUGUUGUAGAAGAUUUAAGCUUAGUGUAACAGCGACAAGUGAAUGAAUACAGCUGGAGUAGGUCUUCCAAAGCCAUUGUAGGAAAUGGAUAUAUUUCCUCACUGCAACACUGCCUGUAGAGUGUCAAUAUUCUGUGCUUGAGCAACAGAAAUAUGAAACGUUGAAUACCUGCACGUCAUUUGAUGUUCAGCGAGAUUUUGGGCAGAUUUUAUAUUUAAAUCCGUUAAUAUAUUUUCAUCUGUGAUAUAUAUAUUUCAGUGAGUGAUAUGUUAUGCCUAGUGUUAGCUACCAUUGUUUACUUAGAACUUGACGCACUGCAGUUAUUGCCACAUGUUUACAGAUUUCUUUAGACAAGUUUGGCCUCUGUCAUUUUCCCUUGCUAAAACUAUUUAUUUUAAUACUUAUAUUAGAAAACACAACAGACAGAUUCAUAGUGUGGGUUCAUCAUAACACCGCCCAUGGUUUUAAUGUUUUCUCGGGCCUGCAAGCAUCUUUCCACUGAGUGCUUUGUUUAAGGAUUCAAACUAAUUGUGUGGUUGUGUAUGUCGUACAUGUUGAGUGUAUCUGUCAGGCAUUUUGCAAGCCUAACAUGCUGGAAAUGCAAAGAAAUUAAAAAUAUUAUUUUAUAUGUAUGAUUAGAAGUCCAUUUUAGCUGCCUUUGUCUGAAUUAUGUUGUUACGUCCUAAGUGUAAAGAUUUUUCUACAAAGCAUUUUAGUCUGUCUUUAUUAUUGUGACAACAAUGCUAAUGAAUAAAAAUGUCCGAAUAUG